AUGGCUCCUCUGAAAGACGAGACCAUUAAAAUGGAAGAAAAUGUGUCCCCUAAGAGAGAAGUCAACAAAGGGGCAUGGACAGCAGAAGAAGAUAGAAAAUUGGCUGAGGUUAUUGCAGUUCAUGGUGCUAAAAGGUGGAAGAUAAUUGCAAUUAAAGCAGGCUUAAAUAGGUGUGGUAAAAGUUGCAGGCUGAGAUGGAUGAAUUAUCUGAGGCCGAACAUUAAGAGAGGAAAUAUAUCAGACCAAGAAGAGGACUUGAUACUGAGGCUUCAUAAACUCCUUGGAAACAGGUGGUCUUUGAUUGCUGGAAGGUUACCAGGAAGAACAGAUAACGAGAUCAAGAACUAUUGGAAUUCUCAUUUGAGCAAGAAAAUAAACCAGAAAGAGAAACAAAGUGGAGCUACAACAAGAGAAGGCUGCAAAGCUCAAAAGAGAGUAGUGGAGAAUGCCAAAGAAGUGAGGGAAGAGAACACAUCUAGGGAAGGUGAGGACUCAAAUAUCAGCUUUGAUGUGGAUGAGUUCUUUGAUUUCUCGAAUGAGGAUCCCCUGAACUUGGAGUGGAUGAGCAGAUUUCUUGAAGUUGAUGAGGGUUUUAAUUGAACUUUAUGGAAGGUGCAAGAUUUGUUUCUUUCUCCAUGAUCAUGAAUUCAAUGCAAUCCAAGUUUAUCUGUAAGACUUGUUUGCUAUUCAUGAAUUUGGCAGGGUUCAUGUUUUGUGUCAGCUCUCCUAGUUGCUCAAAUAGUGAAACAGCAGCACGACACUUUUGAUUGCUCCUAAUCACUUAGUGCAGAGAAUAUCCUUGAGUUUUUUCUUUUUGUCCACGCUGAUACCGAAUACUCUCUAGACCAAAGUAAAAGAAAAAAGGAGAGAGAGAGAGAGAGAGAGAGAGAGAGAGAGAAGAUUAAUUAGGAAGGCAAAUGGGGAGGAUAGAGCAAAGCGAUUAUGUACUGUAGUUUUGGACUGAAGGUCUCAAAAGGGUAUGGAGAUUCUUUCUGUAUACGACA